ACAGAACGGAGCUGGGCAAGUGGCUCCUCCUACUUUGCGCGCUCCCGUGAAUGGGGAAACAAUUUUUGACGGGGGUAACUACUUUGGCACAACACCGGCCCCUAAAACAAAACAGUGUUGCGAGAGGGAGAAGGGGGGAGAACACCCAAGAGGAUUUGGGGACCAUUACAAAAUGAUAAAAUAUUAUUUUAAAACUUGUCACACUUCUGUAACCAUUGUAUCUACACCAGUCACGUACUGUAUAUGUCAGUGACCGAGUCUGCAGACACUGGACCCUAGGACUUUAGGACUUCUACUGUGAAAGAAAGGAACAGGAAGAGGCUGUUUUCACGCGUAGAGUAAAAUGAGUGCGGUCAGCGAGAAGAAACAACAUCAAUAACUAUUCUAAACCUAAUUACAGGAUAGAUUACAGGAUGAGGAUAAGAUGGCUGUAUUUUUAUUGCUUUCUUUUUUGUUCUAUGUCAUUCGCAGUAAAACACUCGCUGGAGUAUCUCGUCACUGCAGCCUCUGGAGUCCCAAACAUCCCAGAGUUUACGGGUGCUAUUAUGCUUGACGGCAUCCAAAUGGCUUACUGUGAGAGCAUCAACAAGAUAUUGGAGCCAAGACUGGACUGGGUGAAGAAAAUGUUAGCAAACGACACUUGGCUGUUGGAGAUGUAUACUCGACAGUGCUUUGUGGUUCAGCCCAAAAUAUUUGGAAACCAUAUUUCAAGUCUGAAGGAGCAGUUCCAGAGUGAAGGUGCUCACAUUUUACAGAUGAGAGAAGGCUGUGAAUGGAAUGAAAAAACUGGAGAGGUGACUGGAUUUUUGCAGUACGUUUAUAACGGAGAAGACUUUGUUGAGUUUGAUCUGAAGACACGGACAUGGAUUGCACUGAAACCAGAAGCUAACAUUACUAAACAGAAAUGGGAUACUGACAGUGUUAGAACAAACUUCAACAAAGACCUCCUCACUAACAUUUAUCCAAAGUUGAUAAAGAAGUUUUUGUCCUAUGGGAAAAGCAUCCUGCAGAGAACAGUUCCUCCUUCAGUGUCUCUCCUCCAGAAGACUCCCUCCUCUCCAGUCAGCUGCCACGCUACAGGUUUCUAUCCUGACAGAGCCGUGAUGUUCUGGAGGAAAGAUGAAGAAAAGAUACCUGAAGGUGUGGAUCCUGGAAAGAUCCUCCCCAACCAUGAUGGGACCUUCCAGAUAAGUGUUGAUCUGAAUGUUUCAUCAGUCAAAUCUGAAGACUGGAGAAGAUACGGCUGUGUGUUUCAGUUCUCCGAUGUUGAGAACAACACUUGCACCAAACUGGAUGAAGCUGUGAUCAGAACCAACAUAGGCAAAAACAAACUCAGUAAUGAUCAAGGUGUGAGCAAAUAAUUUAAUUCCUUUUGUUUGUUUGUUUGUUUGUGGAUUGUCUAUAAUGUGUUUGUGAAUGUCCAUCCAUUUUUAUUCACGUAAUCUGGGGCCAAGAUGUGGGGGGGGCAGCAGCAUAUCAGAGAAGCCAGACCUCCCUCUUGCCAGCCAUCUGCUCCAGCUUUUCUAGGUGAAGAUCGAGGCAUGUCAUAGUCAGGAGCCUCGCAGAAUAAUCUGGGC